GUGUAGCUGACAGAGGUGCUGUCUUCCCGUGGCGCCUGCGCCUGGCGGUCCAGUCCGGGGACCUCCCAGCUCCCCCGCCGGGUUUACUCAUCUCCGCGAGGUGAUCCCAGGAGCGAGGGCGGGCACAAGUCUCCCGAAGAACCCAGUAAUCCGAGAAUGCAGCAUCAGCCCUUCCCACUAGGCACUUCCUUCCUUUUCCCGAACGUUCAGGAGGGAGGGCCGCGCACUUAUAAACCCGGGCCCCGGCCCGCCGGCAUGUCAGAGGCUGCCUCUGCAGGGCUGCGCGCCGCGGCUGGACGCGUCUGGGCUGGGACCAACGCAAGCGGCUGUCGCCAGCAGCGCCCUGCGCCUCUCAGCCCGGAUCGGACUUGGGCCCCGUCGCGGCGCUUGCGCUCUCCCCGGCGCCUGCACAAGGCGUGCCGGGACAGCAUGCUUCGGGUCCUGCUCCUCGGUGUUCUGGCCCCCGCUGGCCUGGGGCUCUCCUCACCUCCAGGGCCGCAGCCACGCGGCAGCCAGUGCGUGGAGCACGAUUGCUUCGCGCUCUUCCCCGGCCCCGCGACCUUCCCCGCCGCCAGCCAGGCCUGCGAGCAGCUGGGGGGCCACCUGAUGACCGUGCGUUCCUCAGUGGCGGCUGAUGUCAUUUCCCUGCUACUGAGCGGCGACAGCGGCGACAGCCCGCGCCUCUGGAUCGGCUUGCAGCUCCAGCACGGCUGCGACGACCCCGAGCAACUCGGGCCCUUGCGCGGCUUCCAGUGGGUUACAGGAGACAACCGCACCAGCUACAGCAGGUGGGCGCGGCUCCACGUCGACAGGGCGCCUCUCUGCGGUCCCCUGUGCGUCGCAGUCUCAGAGGCCGGGGCCCUAGCAUCCGGCGAGCCGGCCUGGGAGGAGCAGCAGUGCGACGCGGAGGCCGACGGUUUCUUCUGCGAGUUCCACUUCGCAGCCUCCUGCAGGCCCCUGCUCGUGGACUCUGGCGCGGUGGCGGCCGCCGGUGUAGCGAUCACCUAUAGCACCCCGUUCCGGGCCCUUGGCGCUGACUUCCAGGCGCUGCCGGUGGGUAGCUCCGCCGCUGUAGAGCCCUUCGGAGUGGAGCUGGAGUGCGUGGCGCCGCGGGGAGAGGCCGAGGCGCGCUGGGGCCGGGAAGCGCCUGGCGCCUGGGAAUGCAGCGUGGAGAACGGCGGCUGCGAGCACACUUGCAACCGGAGCGCCGGGAUGUCGCACUGCCUCUGCCCAGCUGACGCCGCCCUGCAGGCGGACAGGCGCUCCUGCGCCGCAGCGCCUGAGGAGCAGUCCUGCUACGAACUCUGCGAGCAUUUCUGCAUUCCCAGCCCGGACGUGCCUGGUUCCUACUCGUGCAUGUGUGAGACUGGCUACCAGCUGGCUGCAGACCAGCACCGGUGCGAGGACGUGGACGACUGUAUCCAGAUGCCCAGUCCCUGCCCGCAGCUCUGUGUUAAUACGCAGGGCGCCUUCACUUGCCACUGCUACCCGGGCUACGACAUGGUGGACGGCGAAUGCGUGGAGCCCGUGGACCCGUGUUUCGGGAGUAACUGCGAGUACCAGUGCCAGUCCGUGGGCCAAAAUGACUAUCGCUGCAUCUGCGCCGAGGGCUUCGUACCUAGCCCUCAGGACCCGCACAGGUGCCAGAUGUUCUGCAACCAGACUACAUGCCCAGCUGACUGCGACCCCAACAACCCGGAUUCCUGCCAGUGCCCUGAUGGCUACAUCCUGGACGAUGGCUACAUUUGCACGGACAUCGAUGAGUGUGAGAAUGGAGACUGCCCCGAUGCGUGCCGCAACCUCCCUGGCGCGUACGAGUGCAUCUGCGGGCCUGACUCGCCCUUUGCCGGCCAGGUUGCCACUGACUGUGACCCCAAGAUAAACGGUGACAAUGACAGUGACAGUGACAGUGACAGUGGCUCUGGGGAGCCCCCGGUCAGCCCGACUCCUAGCACCACCUCCAUCCCCUCGCCGGUAGGGCCCCUGCAUUCUGGAGUGCUCAUCGGCAUCUCCAUCGCCAGCCUAUCUCUGGUUGUAGCUCUUUUGGCGCUCUUGUGCCACCUGCGCAAGAAGCAAGGCACCACUCGGGCAGAGCUGGAGUACAAGUGUGGGUCCCCAGCCAAGGAGGUGGUGCUGCAGCAAGUGCGAACCGAGCGGACGCCUCAGAAGCUCUGAGGGGCUGCCUCCCUGGACCCUGGUGUUGGCUAGGCCUUCCCUCCCUCCUGUGCCUCUCCCCUGCCCCAGCCUUACUCCUUGGCCACCUAACCCAAAGCACUUUAACUGGCAUCGGAACUGGAGAAUACCCUCCCUGCCCCUUUUGCUGAUUCUGCACACUGCUGGGGAGGGGUGGGGGUUGGAAGGAGUAUGCGCCCCAGCCACUUCCACACGUCAUUGGACAACUGGGCAGAGAUGGCAAUGAAGACACAGACUAUAAUGGAGACACAGACUAUAGAGUGUCCCAUGCCCUCGCCAAGGGGCACAGGAGGGGUGAGCGUUGUUGGUUGACAGUCUAUGGGGCAGACUGUGAUCCUGUGGACUAGUGAGUGUAAUCGAGGUGUCAGUAAUGACGAAGAUAUUUAUUUUUUAAGUAUUUAGGAUGGUUUUGUUAUUUUGUUAUUUUUUGCUUUUGCAUUUUUCCCUACCUGUAUGUGUCCAAUACCCACUUUAUAUCCCUUCUGCUCUUUCUCCCUUCCUUGCUUCCCCCUUCCCUUUUUGUAUAUUUAUGUACUUCCACUCUUCAGGUGGCGGUAAAACUAUCUUGGUAGGUUUUUUGGUGGGCUCACCUUGAUAAAGCCAAGCCCCAGUUCCCUAUUCAUUUUCUCCCAAAUUUCCCCUACCUGGAACUCAGCCAACCCACCUGGAGUCUCCCACCCUACCCUAGACCCUGCUUCUACCCUUCCAUGUCUGCCUAGGCAAAACUCCUCCGUGACACAGAAACAGAAACACUACAAACAAGGAUGGUUGGGAAUCCCUUUGGUCUUGAAGCAGAUUUGCUAAUUUAUCCUGAAACUUCAGACUUCCAGAACAAUAUCAUUUUAACAAAAGUUAAGAUGUGAGAGACACUCAUUUAACUAAUGUUUGCUGGACUGUCAUAGAAAUUCAAGCUAAGGGAUGUUUGUUUGUUUGUUUGUUUGUUUUUAACUUUUUAAACAGUGAGCCUGGGUUUUAUUGUUGUCACUUUUCAUUUGAACCAAAAGGUCUUUAUUGCUCCUUAUGCCGUUUCUUUUUCCCAUUAUUACAAUUGCUGUUGUUGUUGUUGUUACUGGUUAUUUUUGACAAUGUUGAAAAUGCUCUCGUGAUAGCUCUAGAUUGAGAAGGGAAUGAAGGAUCUCCCACGAGACAGUUUAAGAAAGUUAUGAGCUGCACAGUUCAUGCCAGUUACCAUUUUGAGUUUUACUCUUCUAGUAAUUUGUGCUCCAAAAUAAAACCAGUUCUGCUGGCCUUGUAGGGAGUGGGGGUGGGGAAUUUGGGAGCUUGGGAAUGGAGCCUGGAGGAUGCUCAAUUAGGACCUCACCUUGAUCAAGCCCUUAAGAAUUUCUCCGACUUCGAAGAAGCCUUCUCACCCUGGCCACUUAGAACAUGGUCGCUGGACAAGAGUUAGGAGCUGCCUGCCUCUGGCAGUUGGUUAGAAAUGCAGAAACUUGGGCUGCAUGAGAAUCUAUAUUUUAACAAGAUCUACAGGGGUCUGCCCAGUAUAGUUUGAGAACUGUUUCAGACAGCUUCCAACUUUCUGGAAUACAUUAAAUGUGGAUCAGUAAUAAGUAGCAGGCCAAGUCAGGACCUAUAUUCUCAAGAAACUGAGGAAUUUUCCAUUUAUAGCUUUGCUUUCUGAUAGAAAAGACUAGGUACACACCUUUAGACAUUGCUACACAGGGUUGUUGGUUCAACUAAGCUAGGAACGAAAUCGAAAUCUGAAAUCGAAAUCAUGUUUCACUGUUUGGGGAAAAUGUAUCAUACGAGUGUAUCUUUUGUAAUACAAAGAUUUUCCUCUAUUUUGUAAACUCGGCACAUUUGUACAUAGUUAUUUAUUUAUUGGAGACAAACUAGAACACAGGCAAAACUCUUGCUUAUGACAUCACAUGUAGAAAAUAAACAAAUAACAGUGUG